GGGGGCUGCGAGGGAGCGUCUGUGUUCUUUUCUCGCGGCCUGCCGGACUGCGGCACGGCUCGCCUGGGAGCGCCCGCCGUUAUUUGUGCCCCUCUCUCCUCAGCGAAAGGGACUCCCGCCGCCAUGGGCGGGGAGGAGGAGAUCGUGCGCAUCGCCAAGCGGCUCGACAAGAUGGUGGCGAAGAAAAGCGCGGAAGGGGCAAUGGAUUUGCUGAAGGAGCUGAAAAGUAUGCCGAUAACUCUGGGCUUGCUGCAGUCCACUCGCAUCGGAAUAUCUGUGAACGCCCUCCGGAAGCAGAGCACAGACGAAGAAGUGAUUGCACUUGCCAAAUCGCUUAUCAAGGCCUGGAAAAAACUCCUAGAUGCCUCAGAGGAGAAGAGUGACGAGAAGAAAAGGCAUCCCUCCUUGCCCACUUCCUCCUCCAAGGAGAGCGGUGACUCAAGAGACCAAAGAAGGCAGGACCCUCCGAAGACCCCGACGACUCCCAAAAUCACCACCUUCCCACCGGUGCCUGUCACCUGCGACACCGUGCGCAACAAGUGCCGAGAAAUGUUGACCUCUGCUCUGCAGACAGACAACGACUACGUUGCUAUCGGCGCCGACUGCGAGCAGCUCGCUGCCCAGAUUGAAGAAUUCAUAUACCAGGAUGUCAAGAACACAGACCUGAAGUACAAAAAUCGCGUCAGGAGCCGCCUCUCCAACUUGAAGGACUCCAAGAACCCCGACCUCCGGAAGAAUGUCUUGUGCGGAGUGAUCACGCCAGAGCAAAUUGCGGUGAUGACCUCAGAGGAAAUGGCCAGCAACGAGCUGAAAGAGAUCCGCAAAGCCAUGACCAAGGAGGCGAUCCGGGAGCAUCAGAUGGCGAAAACGGGAGGGACCCAGACCGACCUCUUCACCUGCGGGAAGUGCAAGAAAAAGAACUGCACCUACACCCAGGUGCAAACCCGCAGUUCGGAUGAGCCGAUGACCACUUUGUCGUGUGCAAUGAGUGUGGAAAACCGCUGGAAGUUCUGCUGAGAUGUCUCCGACGAGACCGGCGCCAGCCAAUCCCGGGCCCGAUCUCCGACAUGCAUUCCCCCACCCAGCACCGCCAGCGAAUUUUGUACCGUUUUCAUCGCCGAGUUUGCUUUGCGCUCGUCACAUCCAGCGAGGGAGGACGACCCGGCUGCCUGUUAGAACGCCGGCCCGAAAACAGCAGCUGGGAACGGAUGUUGGGUCAGUGCCACCUGGAAAGCUCGCAACUGGACUGCCUUCAUAGUUUCUCUUCCUAAUCCGUAUUGUCAGGAGUUUGGAACAGUAUUAAACUUCUUCUCUCUCUUUUUUUUUUUUAAA